AUGACGAGCACAACCACAAGCACGCGGCGUUCGACGCUCGCCGCCAUCGACGCCAACCAGAACAACGGCCACAUCGCUUCCACCCUCCCCGUGCCUUCGUCCGCCGUCAAAUCAGCAAAGACGUAUCAGCCGCGCGCUUCCAUGAUUCCGCAGCAGUCCAACCCCAUCCGCAACGUCAGCGCAACAGCAGCAACAAUAACCACCACCACAGCAGCCGCAUCCACCAGAGACUCGCUGCUCCAGUCCACCCAGCAGCCCAUCGGCUCCACGGCGGUACACUCGGCAUCCCACAGCGCCCGCAGAGCCGACUCGGGCAUGUACGCAGGACGACAGAGCGUCGCUUCCGCUGGUCGACAAAGCGUCGCCGUCACCACCCCUGCCACCCCAAACUCGCGACGAUCCGUGGUCGGCAGGCUCUCCAUCGCCCCGGGCAACAUCGGCAACACCGGCGGAUCGGGCGUGCGCGAGACAAGGCCCAUCAAGGACAAGCACUACAAGACGCGCAUGGGCCUCACCGUCAAGGAGCAUCUCGAACGCACCGGAUUCACCAUGGUCGGAUGGGACGUCAACAAGGGCGUCCACGAACCCACCCAGUCCGCCUUUGUCGGCAUGUUCAAGCACAUCUACGCCACCUGCAUCGACACCAACUUCCAGAUGGGCGCAGACGGCAAGAAAUUCGAGGACGAGGUGCUGACGCUCAUGAAGGAGAUCAAGUAUCCCGCCGCCGACGAACUCAGCAAGACCAAACUCACCGCCGCAGGCAGCCAGAGCCACUGGCCCUACUGCCUCGCCAUGCUCGAGUGGAUGGUCAACCUGGGCAAUCAGGCCGAGACCAUCGGCACCGGUCCACGCUCGCGUCCGGACGAGAUCGACGACCUCCAGUCGCUCUUCUUCCCCUACCUCUGGGACUGCUACGACCGCUUCUGGCAGAACGAAGACACCUACCCGGAGGAGCACGCCAAGCUCGGCGUGCGCUUCGAGCAGAAAAACGCCGCCAUCGAGCGCGAGCUGCGCGACCUGCAGCAGGACCACGCGCGCCUCGAGGCCGAGCUCGCCGACUACCUCAACAACGACUCGCCGCUCAAGGUGGAGCGCAGCGAAAACGACAUGCUCACCAAGGACAUUUCGAAGUUCCACAAGUACUACGACGAGGUGCUCGUGCCCAAGCUCGACAAGACCAAAAAGGCGAUCGAGCGCCUCAUCAAGGAGAUCGCCCUGACCGAAAAGGAGAUCGACGACAAGAACAAGCGCCGCCUCGAUCUGCAGCAGCAGGUCAACGCGCAGGAGAUGUCAGCCGAAGAGUACGAACGCAUGCUCGCCGAACGCAACCGGCUCAGCAAGCGUCUGGAGGUGCUGGGCGAGCAGAACAAGAAGGCCGCCGGCGACGGAUGGUCGCUCGAGAUCGCCAUCGCCAAGAAGCAGGCCGACACCGAGGAUCGCAUCUCCAAGUUCAACCCGCUGGCGCGCUCCAUUGCGCUGCUCCCCUUCCAGCUGGCGUCGGGCGGUGUGGUGGAGGAGCUGGAGCUUACGCCGUCGAAUCCAAGCACCAUGCUGCAGGCGGGCGUCGACAUCAAGGGCAGCUUCCGACGACAGAUCGAGGUGCUGCGAUCGCACGAGGCGGACCAGUAUCGCCAGGCGUCCAAGAAGCGACUCACGAUGCAGGAGGAGUACGAGAAGCUGCAGGAGGCGGUGGCGGCGCAGGAGGCGCAGCUGGGCUCGGAUCGCGAGCGGUGCGAUGCGCUGGCGAGGCAGGCGGCCGAGUACGAAAAGAGCUGCAAGACGGUGCAGGAGCGAUACAAGGCCGACGAGUCCAAGCUGGAACGAUCCACCUACGAGACCGAGGCGUCGGGCAGCGUGCAUCUGCAGCAGGCCGAGUCGCGCCUGACCAGCCUGCAGCUCAGCGCCGAGCACAAGGAGGAGGAGUGGAGUCUGCAGCGCUCGCGCAUGGACGAAGACAUGCUCAGCUUUGUCGUCCUGCUCAGCAAGAUGAAGGGCGACGUCACAGGCCAGCUGCGCGAAAUCCAGGCGGCCGUCGCACUCAAGAGCCGCGACGACUGA